UCUUUUGCUGUAAUUCUCGACGAACAUAUGAUUACGGCCUAAAAGCCAACCGUCAAAAUCCACUUUGAAUGGAAAUUCCAGACAAACCGUUACUAGUCGAACACAGCUCACAACAGUUUAUGAAAGAGAAAACUUUUCUCUUUCGUUUACUACCAACAUCUGUGAUUGGCGUGUAACGGUUUGUCCGGAAUUUCCAUUCAAAGUGGAUUUUGACAGUUGGCUUUUAGGCCGUAAUCAUAUGUUUGUCGAGAAUUUUCAUGCAUUUUCUAGCAUAUACUUCUAGUAAAUAUUCAAUGAGUGGAUAGACCGAAUACGUCCAAUGCACAAAAUUUGCAGCAGAAGAAAUGAGAGGCAGAUCAAAAAGUAUCCUUCUGUUGAUCAACAGCAUGCGGCAGCUGUUCAAAUCGUAAAAUUAUUUCCACAACUUAGUAAUACGCGAGUCACACCAACUGCUCCUGAUGAGUCAUUUUUCUUUUGGCGCAACGGAGGCAAGGAAAAGGGUGCUCAUACUGGCAUGAUAUUUCAUCGCAUCCGGAAUGUCAUCAAACAGCUACCUGCAGAAAAACAUAAAUAUAAUCGAGGAACUAUGCCUGUAGAAGAGUCCGUUUCAACUGAACUUGUAGCGCGGGCUCAAUUGCUCCGAGUAAUGCUUGCAUCGGCAUCAGUAGCAGAACAUAUUUGUGAUGAAAUGGACCGAUGCUUUCCAGUCCUCAAACUGUUAUUAAAAGAAAAGAAACCCGUUAAUGAUAUCUUGGAUAUGUUUCCACACCUGUGUUCAUAUGAAGGAUUGGUGAUUCGUCAAAUGUUUGAGAGAUUGUAUCCUAACAGAACAGAAGGUCUCAAAAUCGAGGAUGUCUUCUCUCGGUGUCUAUCUUAUUCACCGUCCAGAUUCUCUAGAAUCACAUUCGAGGAUGCUUGA